AUGGAUGCGGUUCUGCGGGUACAUUCCAUUGAUCUCUUCAGAUCCAGAAAAGGACCAAAUCGUGUGGAGCAUCACACAGACUGUUUCCAUAGCGAUCACCUCAUCAUCCGUAGAGGACAUUGUUUUCAGAUGUGUAUCGAGCUGUCCCGACCUUUCAAUCCCAAGACCGACCAACUUCACCUGGAGCUCAGACUCGGUAACGUCUCACCAGCACACAAGUACAGUUACGUGACCGUUCCAUUAGUGGCCGAAUUUAAACGAGAUUCCUGGGAGGCAAAGAUUGUGGAACAGGCAAAAAACACAAUCAAACUGUCAGUGUAUUCCCUUCCAACGGCUUGUAUUGGACAGUACAAACUCAUUGUUGUGACAAAGAGCCCAGCGGGAAAAGCCACUUCACCAUACACACCUGACAAUGACAUUUACAUGCUCUUCAACCCCUGGUGUAAAGGUGACUCGGUGUAUCUGGAUGAUGAUGCGCAGAGGACGGAGUAUGUGCUGAAUGACAUGGGCAGAAUUUACUAUGGAACUAAAAGUCAGAUCGGUUGCAGAACCUGGAACUUCGGCCUAUGUGAUGAAGGAAUCUUGGCUGCUUGUUUCUUUGUGUUGGAGAAGAGUAACGCCCCCUGCUCAGGAUGGGGAGACCCCAUUAAUGUGGUCAGAGUUGUGUCUGCCGUUGUUAAUGCCAACGAUGACUAUGGUGUAAUGGAGGGUAAAUGGGAGAAGGGCUAUGAGGGUGGGACUUCUCCCACAGCCUGGAGUGGAAGCAGUGACAUUCUCAAACAAUACCACAAGAGCAGAGGAGUACCUGUUAAAUACGGACAGUGCUGGGUCUUCGCCGGGGUCACAAACACAUUGUUACGGUGUUUUGGCGUCCCUACACGUCCAGUCUCAAACUUCAGUUCUGCUCAUGACACUGAUGUUUCCUUGACAACAGAUGUUUAUUUAGACGAGAAUCUAAAAGAGAUUAAACACCUGACCCGUGAUUCAAUCUGGAACUUUCACGUGUGGAACGAGUGCUGGAUGACUCGUCCAGAUCUUCCAGCUGGUUUUGGAGGAUGGCAGGUGGUUGACGCCACUCCUCAGGAGACCAGUCAGGGCUUCUUUCGCUGCGGCCCCACCUCUGUCUCUGCCGUCCGCAGCGGGCAGGUCUUCCACAAAUACGACACGCCCUUCGUCUUUGCCGAAGUGAACAGUGAUCAGAUCUUCUGGCAGCGCAAAUCGGACGGAACCUUCGCCGAGUUUCGUGUUGAUAAGAGCGCGGUGGGUCACAGCAUCAGCACCAAAGCUGUGGGCUCAGACGCACGUGUGGAUAUCACACAUCUCUACAAACAUCCAGAAGGUUCACAGGAGGAGCGCAAUGCCGUGGAAACAGCCUGUCGCUAUGGCGCUAAGCGUUCUUCGUCCUCCUCCUCUUCCUCUGGUGAUGUAGUUCUCGAGGUUGGCGUCCGAGGCGAUGGGCCAUAUGUGGGCCAGGAUGCUGUGCUUUCUGUCACUGUGAAGAAUAACUGCAGCUCACCUCGUACCAUCAACCUCAACAGUCAGGUGUCUGCCAUGUACUACACUGGAGUCUGCAGGAACUUGAUGAAGAAAGACCAGAUAUGCAUUGAGCUCAAGCCCAAUGAGGUGCAAACUCUGAAAUGGACCCUGCGAUACGAGAUAUAUAAGGACCAGCUGGUGGACCAGACAGCUCUGAUGCUCUCUCUCUCUGGACACGUCACUGAGACGAAACAAAUUCUGGCCAAAAAGUUUACGUUCAGACUGCGAACACCAGAUCUCGUUAUCACUCCUUUAUGUGAUGCCGUCGUGGGCAAAGCGUUGACAGUCAAAGUCAAAUUUCAGAAUCCUCUUUCCUGUGUGCUAAAAAAUGUGAUUUUACGUUUUGAGGGACUAGGAAUGCGUGACAUCAAAACGAUUAACUAUGGCGAUAUUGCGAGCCAGGAUAAAGUGUGUCUGACAGAGAAGUUUGUUCCUCUGCGGUGCGGCCCACAGAAACUUCUAGCAACUCUCGACUGUCCUCAGCUCACUCAAGUACAUGGAGUCGCAAACAUUGUGGUGAAAGAACAUUGAGAAAACUCAAUACAAACUUUCACGUUCUCAAGAAACUGACGACUGAGUUUGAUAUGAUUGUGAACAUUGGGAUAAAGCCAAUGAAACUCAUUAAGAAUGCAAACUUCAUUGU